GCGGUCUAUAGAUUUAAUCUUAGGUAGAGACGUAAAUAAAAAAAAAAAUACAAAAACCGGAUUGAAAAACCAAAUAUUUAGCAGACCGUUUGCAAAUAAAAUAUAUUCUUUUUGCGACCACUAUACAAGUUAGUGUCUUCGACUUGGAGGCGCAGUGUUAAAAAUGAUUACGAAGGCGUUAAUUUUGGCAUUUGUCUUAAAUAUCUGCCAUAUUAGUCAUGGUCGAUUAACACCGGACUUUAUCCAUCCCUGUAAGGAGAUGUCCAGGGAAUGCCUGACGAGAGCAACUCAAGAGGCAAUCCCUGAAUUCGUAAAAGGCCUGCCUCAAUUCGACAUCCCCCCUCUAGACCCCUUUACCAUCGAGAAGCUCCCGAUCCAGCUGAACGGCAUAACUGUCACCUUCCACAAGGGUGCCGUGACGGGAUUCAGGGACUGCAUCGUCGAUAAUGUUGAGUAUGAUAUACGCAAGAGGAAAUUCGAUCUCGAGUUUCACUGCAACAUUACCGUCAAGGGACAAUAUGAAGCGAAGGGCAAGCUUCUAUUGUUCCAGAUUGACGGAUCAGGGGACUCUCAAAUUGAUCUAACUAACAUCAGAGUGAAGUUGGAUGCGUAUACCAAAUACUUCAAGGACGAGCAAGGCCUCCAACAUUUGGCUAUCAAAAACUACACAUACGACUUUGACUACGGCGACAACGUUUACUUCCAAAUCGAAAACUUGUUCAGAGAAAGCCAGGAGUGGAGUGAGAGGGUAUUGAAAUAUUUGAACCAGAACUGGAGGGAAGUGACGGAAGAGUUAGGUUCUCCGGUCAUAGAGUAUGCCGUGAACCUGGUAGUGAAGACUGUGAUGAAAUUCUUCCACGCUGUGCCAUGCCUUGAGUUGGUGGAUGGCGAGAUACCUGAAUUACACGAUUGGAAUGACUAAUAUACUAAGUAACAGUAACUAAUGACAGUUUCACUUCUUUUUGUCAAGAAUUACCUCCGUUUCGUAAACGCCAAGCUACGAAUAAUAAAAACUAGGGAAGAGUAAGAGCCUC